CCCACCUCUCCUGCUUCCAGUCGGCUGCUUCUUUGUCACCAACACCUCAAAAGCAGCCCGCCGCGCCCGCUCCUAGACCUGCCAAAUUAUCGACACCAAACCCGAAUCAGCAAUUUUGAAAUUCGCCUAUGCCAAUCCGUCAAGCAGUCAAAAUGGUCACCACCGCUGUCGCCGACAUCCCCACCGUCGAGCUCCUCUACAAGAUCGGCCAGAUCCAUGCCACCUCGAAGGCCAUCUUCCCCCACAAUGCGUCGCACAACCAAAAAGUCGCUGUUGUUCGAGGCGACAUCACCACCCUCGCCGUCGAUGCAAUUGUCAAUGCCGCGAAUAAGAGUCUUCUCGGAGGAGGCGGCGUCGACGGCGCGAUCCACCGCGCAGCCGGCCGAGGACUGCUCCAGGAGUGCAGGACCCUGAACGGAUGCGUCACCGGUUCCGCCAAGAUCACAGGCGCCUACAACCUCCCUAGCAAGAAGAUCAUCCACGCCGUCGGCCCCAUUUACGACGAGCUUAACCCCGACGACUCCGAAGCGAAGCUUGCGGGUUGCUACAGCACCAGCUUGAAGCUCGCUGUCCAGAACGGCUGUCGCAGUAUCGCUUUCAGCGCGCUGAGCACCGGCGUCUACGGCUACCCGAGCACGGAGGCGGCUCCCGUUGCUGUUGAGGUUGUCAGAGAGUUCCUUGACGGAGAGGAUGGCGAUAAGCUGGAUAAGAUUGUCUUUUGCACCUUUGAGAUGAAGGACGUCAGGGCCUACAACGAGACCCUUCCUGUCUUCUUCCCUCCCGACGACCAGCCAGCCACCAAGGAGAAGACCGAGGCCGGCCCUUCCAAGAAGGAAACAGAGGAGGCAAAAGCUAUCGCGGCUGAGUUGCCCAGCGUUCCCAAGUCUGACCCUUCCCAGUAAAACGCCGUUCACGCCGAAACACACCUGCAGUUGGCCGGCGCGUCACUAAGGUACUCACGAUACUACGACUGGACACCAUGAUGGCUUAGGGAGUUUGUGGAAUUAUACCAGGAAAAAGCGAGCCGCUUAAUAUACCACCGUGCAUCGAUACAGAAUGACUAUGACAAUAGAGUUUGGGG